AUGGCGAAACAGCCUGGAAAGCCAUCUGAGGAUCCUGAGACGACUGCCCUCUGGGACGAGUUUGUAAAAAGGGGAAAGCAAAGGCCGCAGCUUAGCCUUCGACCGCCAACUCCGAGGGCAGAUGCUCAGUGGAAGGGCAUUUUCUAUGAGAACGUGCAAUCGAGGGCUUUGAAUCUGCAGAACGUGAAGGUGGGCAAACUCCGCAGGAACAAGGCGCAGCAAGAAAAGGCAGAGAAGAAAGUACCCCCAGAUGGGCUGUCCAGAGAAUGGUUUGAGGAAGAGGCCAUGACGCUGGAGACUCGGGCCUACUUGCUGGAUAAACUCCUCCCUACCUUAGUGCCCGGUGUAGAGAAACUGCUAAAGGUGGCAGAAAGGAAGAAGAUGCUCGAAGCGGAGACUGAGGAGCCCUCCACAUUUGACCCCAUCAAUUUCCUGGGAGAAUACCUGAUGAGGUGUAAUCCUGCCUACGACAUUUCUGCACUGUCAGAUCCCUACGCAAGAGGAAUUAAGGCAGUCUCUGAAGAGCUGAAGGCUCAGGUGCCAGAGACAACACCAAACAAGCUAGCCCACUUAAAGGUGUUGGUCGAGGAAAAGCGCAAACAGAGGGAAGAGGUGGAAGAGAUCAAGAGUCGUGUGAAAGCAAUGCGCAAGAAGGCCUUGGCUAUACAGUUCAGAGAAUGGACACUGGACACCAGUUUACAGAUCCCACUUAUGCUGGUCCAGGGUGCCCUGAAGUCAUUCCUGGACAACCGCACUUUGCCCGCUGAUGCCACAAAAGGACUCUAUGCCAGGUCGCUGGAAACCAUAGAAACACUAGAGGUGAAAGUGAACAAAGAGGAAUUUGCUGAGUAUGUCUUUUCUUACAUCAAGAAUUUCACCAGCGACACAUUCGAGGACCUACUGAAGCACCUCCUCCAGUGUGCCAAUGACGCCCGAGAGAUCAUCAGGCACGACAUGUGCAGGAAGGUCUUUCUCCAACUCUUCCUGAACUGCGACCGUGGAAAGGUGGGGCUCUUGGACAGGUUACGAAUUUUAGCUCUACUGGAGACUUUCUACAGCAACUGCUCAGAGCUCGCUAGUAAGGGAUUCCGCAAUCCAAGGCAAUGGCCUGUUGUUGAACUGGAUGACAUAGAUCUCCUUGAGUUUUGGGGAGACAUGGAAGAUGACGGGCACACCCCUUCAGCACAGAGCCUUCUGUUAAAAUACUCUCAUCUUGACAUUUCCGAAAAAGCCUUAGUCCUCGGUCAGAUCUUAAAAAAUAUACUGUCUGAGGACACACUGGCCGUGCCUGGUAUAGGAGACACCGCAGAGGUGCCCAGAGAUGUUAGCCAAGAGGAAGUCAUUUUGGAGCAGCAUGUCAGUUUAGCAGAGAUGAAUGCUGUUCAGAUAACAGCUUCAGAAGAACAGGCUGCAGGAGGUCAGAAGGAACAAGAUCCAACCGCUGUCGCUGGGACAUCGGCUGCCGCUAAGGAUCCUUUUAUUGAAGCCGUGAAGGUGGGAUUGGACAUAUGGGAGAGUAAUGGGAACGUGAGGCCAGAAGAUCCUGCCGCCACAUCUGAAGGUGAAGCCGCAGCGAUGCUGGAACAGACAUCAAAGGAAAAUGAUCCGAGCUCUGUCAAACAGAUGAGCCCAGAGGAACCUGAUAUUGCUGCAAAGACAAGCGCCGCUGAGCCAGCGUCGAGCCUGGGAGAGGAGACCACAGGCCCUGAUAAGGACACUGAUGCAGACGUGGGUCACGAGCACCUGGGCGAGAGUACAGAGGAUCAGCCAACCGUGGGCACUGGCGAGCCGCUGGCAGAGGCUACCACAGAAGUCCAAGCCUCAGGCCCAUCCUCAGAGCCCACAGGGGAAGCCAGCAAGUCAUUUGAAACGGCACCUCAGCUGAUCUAUGGACUGCCGUGGUCAGGUGAUUUUGAGACUGGCAACCUGGCUUUCAUUUACAGCGACUACGGCAAGGAAAUCCGGGAAGACUGGAACAACGAAGACUCCAGGUUUUCAGGCUUGCGUAUGAACAUGAUUGACAUUCAGUGCCGUGGUCCCCCUUCUUCCACAAGCGCUUUCGACAAGCACACCCUCAACCUGCCACAGUUUGUGCAGCUCAUGGAGACCUUCAUUGGCGAGGACAUUACUCUACGAGACCUAAAGAAGCUGGUGGAGUUUAUGAAGCGAGGCUACGUGCUGCUGGAGAGAGAAAAAAUCAGCCUGAUGGAAAGAGUUCGUCAUGACGCUUUCUUGGCCCGCCAGCAACUUCUUUUGGCCUCCCUCUUUGAGAAGUGGGAUAACGAAGGCUCCGGAUUUCUUGACAUGAAAGAGGUGGACGAGAUCCUCGGUACCUUUAAGGAAGGAAUGGAGAAGGAGGCCCUGGAGAAAGCUAAAUUGCAGCUCCCCGUUCCCCAGUGGCAUCCCAGUGGAGUGGUGAAGCUGUCUCAGAAAGACUUCCAAACCUACAUGGAUCUGGUCAUCUCGGAGUUCACUGGCAACGAAGACGAGAUCUUGGAUAACAUUGUGGAAUUUCUCAUGAGCAGCGUGGAGAAGCCUCACGUUGAGCGACUGCGGGGCUCUGCUCGGCGGAAGUGGCUGCACGCGAUUCAGCACACGGCCAAGACCAACGGGGGGGAAAUCGAACCCGUGUACCAAGCUGUCUUCAAGUCCCUGUGUCGGGAUGCAGAUGCCCAUGGAGACAGCAAGAAGAUCAGUGCCUACAUCGCCCUCUUGGAAUACAACAUUCUUUUUCCAGAACGGGGAGACGUUCUCCUCCACUAUGUGGCCUGCACAGAAGAUGAUGCUGAGUAUGUCCUGAACCAGUUGCUUUACAUGGAUAUGAAAGGAGUCAGCUUUGCAGCAGCAUUAGAUGACAAGCCCAUCCACGUCCCCAGAGUUCAGCUGCAUGGAAAUAUCCAUUUCUGGAACUAUGAUCGCCCUGAGAAGGAAAGGAAGGGCUCCUUCUUGGUUCUCCCACUUGAGGAUGUCCGAAGAAGAGUCUUUGGCAUUCUUGGGGUGGACACCCUCCGUGACUGUAAUGAGCAAACCAUCUUUGUGCCCCAUGAAAUCCGUUUCUAUCAGGGGAUAGCAAAGGCAUUCAGCAUAGCCUACCACCAUGUUCGCACCCAGGACAGUAUCAAGCAGAUGAUACUCACUGCCGUGGAAUGGCUGUCCGCCAGAGCACCCAGCCUCCGUGCCAUCACUGCAUACUUCAUGGAACCUGGCAAAGAAAGGAUGGAGGAUUACACCUUGCGCAAGAUAAUGACUUCCAACCAGGAGGGGCAAAUGGAGAUCUUUCCCCAUCCAGCACCAGUGCUCAGCAGAAACGACACCCUCUUCAGUGAUUACCUGUUCAAGUGCAUAGACUGUUCAGGGAUGGUGACGACGUGUGUGUAUGAAGAUCACCACAUCGCAGUUCCACUGAGGGAUCCAGCAGGCUAUGCUAUGGUGGCGUUGGACGUCAACCUCGGACAGCGCCCAAAGCUGCCAGCCUGUGAGCAUAAGGACCUGCAGAAGAUGCUGAAGAUGGUGCAAGCUGCCACUUGUGAGAUACUGAAAGAGGACAUGGGCAAUCUGGAGUCAUACUACGUCUUGGAGGCAGAGUAUGUUGGGGACUGGAGGCGUGGGGGAGUCCUCUUCUACCGGUUCAUGCUGCAAGACUUGCAAAACUGCAUCUGGAAUCUUGACCCAAAGCAUUCCUUUGAUGAAAUAAAGAGCUACGAAUACCCAUCCACCCUGGUGCACAAGAUAUUGAAGUCUGUGCUGCUGAUUUUGUACCCACAGUGGGCUGGUACAGAGGAGGUUGAAAACUGGAAACACUGCAUAGAGAAACUUGAUGGAGAACUUAUUGAGAACAUUUGCUACUUUGAUCCAACUGCUGCCUAUGUCCAAGUUCGGUCAGAAGUUCUGUACAGGUGCCUCCAAGGUAUACGCAGAAAAGAUGUCUGGAGGUUUGCCUCAGCUCCAGUGGAGUACCUUUAUAACUGGACACUCACCUGUCUGUCAUUAAUAGAGCUUGCAAAGAAACUUCAGUGUUCUCAGACUUUGGCUUCACAUUCUUCUGGGCUGCUGUUUCGCAGCUCAGUUCCGACAAGCCGGACAUCUGAGAUUUUAGAAAGCAAUGCGCAAUCCGUCUCUUCUAUUUAA